AUGCUCUUGAAUUUAUCGUUGCCGGAAGUGAGUGAAGAACGAAUGGAAUUAUGGGAUUCAUUAAUAGAAGAGGAAGUUAAGGAACAGAUAGCGUCGAAUGUACAAAUCCAAGUAGCGAAUGCCGAACAAAAAUUACAGAAUCCUGUAUCUCCAAAAAAAAUAUGGAUGAGACGAUAUGUAAUGGAUCAGACGGAUGAAAAGCUGCGGGGUUAUUCGGAACGCAACAAAACUUCCUUUCAAUCAUCGGAUUUGCAAAAAAGUUUGAUAAAUCGUACCGGUGAAAAGCCGUACAGUUGUUCAGAAUGUGGAAAACGAUUCGCUCAUUUAUCGGCUUUUAAAACACAUAUGAGGAUUCAUACCGGUGAAAAGCCGUACAAUUGUUCAGAAUGUGGGAAACGUUUCAUUUCUUCAUCAAAUUUGCAAAUUCAUUUGUUGACCCACACGGGUGAAAAGCCGUAUAGUUGUCCAGAAUGCAAAAAAAAAUUCUCUCAACUAUCGAGUAUGGAGAGACAUAUGAGGAUUCAUACCGGUGAAAAGCCGUAUAAUUGUACGGAAUGUGGAAAACGUUUCUCCCAUCCAUUUGCUUUUAAAACACAUAUGAGGAUUCAUACUGGUGAAAAGCCGCACAAUUGUUCAGAAUGUGGAAAAUGUUUCUCUGAUUUUUCGGGUUUUAAAAGACAUAUAUGGAUUCAUACCGGCAAGAAGCCGUACAAUUGUUCAGAAUGUAGAAAAUGUUUCUCUGAUUUAUCGGGUUUUAAAAAACAUAUAUGGAUUCAUACUGGUGAGAAGCCGCACAAUUGUUCAGAAUGUGGAAAACGUUUCGCUGAUCCAUCAAAUUUUAGGGAACAUAUGAGGAUUCAUACUGGUGAAAAGCCGCACAGUUGUUCAGAAUGUGGAAAACGCUUCUCUCGUUUAUCGACUUUUAAAGUACAUAUGAGGAUACAUACCGGUGAAAAGCCGUACAAUUGUUCAGAAUGCGGAAAAUGUUUUUCUAAUUCAUCGGAUUUAAAAAAACAUGUACGGAUUCAUACCGGCGAAAAGCCGUACGGUUGUUCCGUGUGCGAGAAAAGAUUUUCUCUGAAAAGCGUUUUGAACAAGCACAUGAAAACUCAUCGCAAAGAGAAUUCCUCAUCCAAUUGGACUGUAUGCAACCAAAGCAAUUCAUCAUGNCAUACCGGUGAAAAGCCGUACAAUUGUUCAGAAUGCGGAAAAUGUUUUUCUAAUUCAUCGGAUUUAAAAAAACAUGUACGGAUUCAUACCGGCGAAAAGCCGUACGGUUGUUCCGUGUGCGAGAAAAGAUUUUCUCUGAAAAGCGUUUUGAACAAGCACAUGAAAACUCAUCGCAAAGAGAAUUCCUCAUCCAAUUGGACUGUAUGCAACCAAAGCAAUUCAUCAUGA